UACCGGCUGUUUGACUCGGAAACAGCCAUGCAGUGUGUAAAGAAGAAAUGACCGAUAGUGACCUCAAAUAAGAUGUCAAAGACCUGUCUAUCGUCUUCAUCUCUUUAUAACACUUCAACAUUUAUGUAGAACUCUGAUAAAACAAUUGUAAAUUUUUAAGAGCCUUCGAAACGUCGAGUCGUUACGCUUCUGUCCGUCUUCCGAGCGUACAUAUUUGUUUACUAAAAUAAUGGAAAAUGCUGAAACAUCCGAUCAAAACGGAACGACGCACUACACCAACGGUUUAGCAAACGGAUUUCACACCCUACAGUCCGAUAACGGGGAGUGCAUUUCAUCUAAAGGAGAUGGUCUGGGUUCUAGUGACAGUAGCGGUGGCCAUAAUGGUAUUGAAAAUUUCCACCAUCUUCAUCAGGAUGUACACAACAAUGGUUCGCCUGCGAAGCGCUGCAGACUUCGAAGACGCAUGGAUUCGGGAAAGAAGAACAGACCGCCUUUUCCAUGGUUUGGAAUGGAUAUCGGAGGCACCCUGGUAAAGUUGGUUUACUUUGAGCCCAAGGACAUAACUGCUGAAGAAGAACAAGAGGAAGUGGAGAGCUUGAAGAGCAUUCGCCGAUAUCUGACUUCCAAUGUGGCCUAUGGAAACACUGGUAUCCGAGAUGUUCACCUGGAGUUGAAGAACCUCACCAUGUGUGGCCGGAAAGGCAACCUGCACUUCAUUCGUUUCCCCACACAAGACAUGCACCGCUUCAUCCAAAUGGGCAGAGACAAGAACUUCUCCAGUCUGCACACCACACUGUGUGCCACGGGUGGGGGCGCAUACAAGUUUGAGGAUGACUUCAGAACGGUGGCUGGUUUGGAGCUGCAGAAGCUGGAUGAACUGGACUGUCUUAUUCAAGGUCUGCUGUAUGUUGACUCAGUUGGGUUCAAUGGCCAUCCCGAGUGUUAUUUUUUCCAAAAUCCCUCCGACCCUGAAAACUGUGUCAAGAGGCCAUUUAGCCUGGAGAACCCCUUUCCAAUGUUGCUGGUAAACAUUGGCUCGGGGGUUAGCAUCUUGGCUGUCUAUUCCAAGGAUGAUUACAAGCGUGUCACAGGCACCAGUUUAGGAGGUGGUACGUUUCUAGGCCUGUGUUGUUUGCUGACUGGCUGUGAGACAUUUGAGGAGGCCUUAGAGAUGGCAGCUAAAGGGGACAGCACAAAUGUUGACAAACUAGUGAAGGAUAUCUAUGGAGGCGAUUACGAACGCUUCGGUCUCCAGGGUUCUGCCGUUGCAUCCAGUUUUGGUCAUAUGAUGUGCAAAGAGAAACGUGACAGUAUAAGUAAAGAGGACCUGGCCAGGGCCACUCUUGUCACCAUCACAAACAACACUGGUUCCAUCGCCCGCAUGUGUGCAGUGAACGAGAAUAUCGAUAGAGUUGUUUUUGUUGGGAAUUUCCUUCGGAUCAACACAAUAUCAACUAAGCUGCUAGCCUAUGCCAUGGACUUCUGGUCUAACGGACAACUGAAAGCCCUUUUCUUAGAACAUGAAGGUUAUUUUGGAGCUGUUGGUGCCUUCCUAGAGCUACUGAAGAUGACUGAAGACUCCUGAGACACUUUAAACCAGAAGCUGCUGUAAGAUUUCAGGAAAGCCACAUACCCUAAUAAGGAAAAGCCAUUUAAGAAUGUUUCGAGAUUCCGUUCCCCUUCAAAUCAUCUACAUGCUGGCCUUUCUAUGCUCGUGACAGGAGCAGGUGAUCAAGAGGUUAUGAUGCAAAAGUGCACCAUUUUCUCUGGUGAUAAGCUGCACCUCAUGCUAACUGUUCCUUGUCACCAUUGCCAUAAUCCCAGCACAGCUUUGCCUUUGUCGUGUAUUGAUGAUUUGAUUGGAUGAUGAUUUAGGACACUAAUGAUUGUGUACUCCUUCUUUUCCCUGUUUGUGGGCUUUAUGAAAACAAUUGUAAUAUAUGAAAAGGGUUUGGAGGUGAGUAUUAUAUGUAUUAGGCCUGCUUUCCCCAAUCCCCUCUGAACCAAAUCAUGCUUUGAACCACAAAUCAGAUUUAUAUUUACGCAUCGAUGAGCGUAAGAGCAGCCCAUUUAUGCGAGACUUUGGUCUCCCACAUACAAGCAUUUAUAAUAUCUGUAUUACAUUAAAAAUGCUAAGUUAUAUUAUUACAUUUAAAGCUGCAGUCGGUAACUUUUGACGCUCUAGCGGUUAAUAAACAGAACUGCUUGCGUCUUGCGAAAGAACAUUGUAACCGGAGCUACUUCUCUCUGUUUAUGUCAAUGAAGAAUCACAAAGGUACUGGGUUACUCCACCGCGGUACCCCCGAGGCAAUCUAAAAUAGUCCGAAUAUAAACACUUAUUAUAGGUGCACCCUAGUGAUUCAGGACAGACUAAAAAACGGUUUGGAAAAUGGAUUCAUGGUGUACUCGCUUAUUAUAUACAUUUUGUAAAUCUUGAACUCAAAAAAAAAGUUACGGACCGCAGCUCUGAUUGGUUGUUUCUUACCGGGAGCGGAUGAAUUUCUGAAAAUGGCAAUAGGACCACUGGGAGGAGCCAGAGGAGCUUGAUUUUUUUACGGAUUCUCUAUCUCAUAUUCUACUGUCAGGACAUAAUGACAGGUUUCACGAAUACAUUUUUACAAAAGUUACCUACUUCAGUUUUAAAGUCAUUUUGGACACUAAAGCGCAAGUUCAAAUUCAUAAUUCUGACCAUUUAUUUCUAAUUAGAUAAAGCCUAUAUUUUAACCCUUUUACACAAUUAGCUAAAUGUUGUCAGGUAGACUUGUUUUAUCUUCAUUGGACCUUGUAUGAUUAGUGGAUUGUUGACCUGAGUAGCUGUUUCCAAGAUAUCUUUACCUCCUUUUAACUGGUCUGUGUAAUGAACAGAUAACUUAUGCACCUGAGCUGACACUAAUAGUGUUGGGACCAAAUUGUCUAUAUUUACUGGAAAACAGUAUCUUCUUCAGAUGGAGAUUUCUCAUAGUUCACUACAUACAGUAGCGCAAGUCCUUUCUUAACCUGAUAAUGAUUUAUAUUUGGUUUUGCAGUCAAAAUUCUGAGAUUUCUCUGAUCUGAAUGUGUUAACAGUUUACCCUGUGUAUAUACACUGUAGUGUGUAAUGUUUUAUAUGUAUUUUGUUUUUAAUUUGCACAAACCAUCUCUUGUCAUUUUCAUGCCAUUAUGCAGUGAUGUCUUACAUUUGAGACAGCUAACAAAGAUCUAUAUUUAGUCAAACCUCCUCACAAAUGCCUUCAUCCAUUUAAACAUUUUCAGCUUAAACAUCAUCAAUUACUGAAAAUAUUUUGCCUUUUUCUUCUCAUGUAUCAACUUAAGAAUCUCUUAACAUAUGCCUAAACACCUCUCUGUAUUAAAACUGGACAGCUGGGUCUGACUGUGAACGCUCCAGAUUGUUGUUCAGAACCAGAUGUAUGUUAAACAUGUGCUCCUAAAGCUGGAAUCAGAAAUUCCAAGUUACUAUAAUCUGUUUAAAUAUGUAAGAUCAGAAACAAGAGCACUUCAAAGAGAAAAUGUAUUGCCUUUCCCUCCCUUUGAGCCACACAGCAUGUCAGCAGUUACAUUUGUACCAAUUUCAUUUUCUCAUUUUGCCUCCUCAACACUGUAAAUAUUAACUAAAACGCACAUUUAAUCCUUUAUUUUUAACGGCACUGACAUUGUGUGGAUUUAUCAUGAAUUCAAGCAAGACCAAAACUCCUAAAAGGAGGUAAUAUGAGGAAUAUUAUCAUAAUGCAAUUUCUUUUAGAGGAUUGUGUCUUUUGUGUCAGAAGUGGUCAUAUAUUGUGAGUGUACUGAACCUACUGCAUACUUAACAGCAGACCUGUGCUGACAUUGAAGUGUCUUCUAGCUGCUGGGAAGAUCUGUAACAGCACAUUAAGCACACUGCCUCUACAUCUGAUCCUUCUGUCUGUUGAUUCAUGCUUUACUUCCUCUGCUCAGUCCUUAGAAUUGCCUUAUGCAGUGGGGUGCCAUUUUGUCUUUGGCUGUCUGGAUUAUGCACAAUGUCACCCCAACAUUUCUGACCCACAAAAGCAACUUUCAAGUGUUAUGGGGUGCCUUUUACUGAUAGAGACAAGGCUUUACCUCUGUAUUCUUGUUGCUAAUGCUAAAUCCAGAUGUCACUGUGUACAUUAAUCCUGUUUUCUUUUUCUUCUUUGCGGGGUUAUUGCUUUACCCAUGCCACAGUGGACUGAAUGCAUGUGUCGGUACAUUAGAUUUAAACUGAGCCAAUGCAAAGCAUGUAAGCGAUUUCUGAACCGAUGUGUCAUUUCCAUGUUCUUGGGUGGAUCACUCCAUCUAAUGUAGUUGAAUUGCCUUUCUAUCAGGUUUUGUUCUUGUAAACCAGCAUAACGCUUGGAUUGUAUGUCAGCGUAUGUCCAUUUCAUUGCGCUAUAAAUGUUAAAUUGUAUAAAACCUUUCUCUCCUUUCAGAAAUGUGUUCCGUCUGUCCCAAACUGUGUUUGUUGCUCAGUUUUCAGGAAGCAUGUCCUAAAUUAUAAUUUCUGAAGCGCCAUUACAGUUGAAUUAUAAGCUUUUUAGAGCUAAAUUGUGUUUUAAUAAAUAAUCUCAUUUUACAUAAUUCGAUGCAAAUUUUUCUUGCUAAUACUCCUCAUUAAUGACCUUAAUCUUCUAAUGUCUGUGAUUUGAGUGAGUAUGUGUAAUUCCAUACUGAAAAUUAUUUUAACUUAACUUUUUUCAGUGUUCAGGUAAUCACAUGAAUCUCAAACUGUAUCACUACACAAAUUUUAAGUGUAUUUCUUAUGAUAUAACAUUUGGUGUUGGUCAUGCCUCCUAGGGAAUGAAGAAAUAUUACUGACUGAAAAAAAAAAUCUAACUUAAGAAGUUUUUAUAUUGGUUUUGAGUUACCAUGUGAAAAGCUAACUUCAUUUGUCAAUAAACUAUUUUGUAAAUAUCUAAUAAAUGUGUUAAUUAUGGAAA